CACAGCUUGUUUACCAUGUUUACGUUUCUGCGUCAGUGAUUUUGGUGUUGUUGAGUUGAAACCAGGACAGGAUCUUUCCCUUUGAGUUGAGAUUAGAGUCUUCUUGUUGAGAUUUGACGCAAUGUCGAGCUUGUUACUUCCCAUUGGUAGGCCAAUGCCGACAAUGCUGCGGAACGCUGUGCGUUCCUUUGGAAGCUCAACAGCAGACAGGAAGAAUUUCGUGUCAAGGAUUCUCGAUCGCUAUGAAAGCCCAACAGAGCAGCAGAAUCCACCUCGUGAAACUGUUUACGAAAUGCAAUUCCAUCACCUUCGUCCUGGGCAAAUUGAGAAUUACCUCCACGCUGCUGAGGAAGAGCUGCCACGGAUCACCGAAAACGAGGCCAUUCCGCGCCACUUGCUGGCAAGCUGGACUGUGGACAUAGGCGCUCAGGACACUGCUAUCCACUUGUGGAGCUAUCCUGCAGGAUUCAAGGCCGUUCACGAAGCUAAGAAAGUCCUGGGAGAAGAUAAGCAAUACGUUGCUUACAUCAGGCGCCAAGCUGAGCUUAUGCGUGACCGCCGGAACCAGAUCCUUGUGGAAUUCUCUUUCUGGAAUUGUGAGGACAUGAUGGCUAGCUGUGAGCCCGGCGGUAUCUUUGAACUGCGGUCAUACCAGCUGAAGCCUGGCACAUUGAUGGACUGGGGUCAUGAAUGGUCUCGUGGAAUCGUGAAGCGUAUGGAUGCUCAAGACAAGCCGGUCGGCGGCUGGUAUUCACAGAUCGGUGAUCUCUACAUGGUCCAUCACUUAUGGUCUUAUCAGAAUUUGCAAAUCCGCAAGGAAGUUCGUGAAAGUGCCUGGCAGCAACCAGGCUGGGAAGAAGUUGUCGCUAGAACAGUGCCGCUUGUUCGGUGGAUGGAGUCAAGCAUCUUGACCCCUACGUCGUACUCGCCACUCCGAUAGGCCCCAUUUCCUCAGCUCAUCACCCAGCCUGUGCUCUCAUGUUCAUAAUCAAGCUCUUAGUAACACGCCAAGUUUAUCUUUCAUGUACGCUCACAAGUGUGCCUCAACCGUACCAAGUUCCAGACUGUUCACUGGUUUUAGUCCCCCCCCCCCCUUACUUUAGGUCUAGUCGAUUAGCUUUUAUUAUGCUUCCCUUAUGCUUUUCUUCAUCAUAGCUGUACUGUUCUCUGCACUGCUCUUUGCUCAGCCAUGCUCACUGCAGCUUGCUGGCAAUGUUUAUCUAUUUCAGCCUCUACUUUAGCUGUGCGCCUACAUGUGGCAUUUGUUAUCACGCGUACAUGUAUACGUCUGUUUCGGACUUGGAGGCUGGCCGCGAGGUGUAUCGUGUGCUGGGACUCUCCCUCUUGUAGCCUGUCCGUGCUUUUCUUGUAUGUAUUUGUAUGCCAGUCCAUUGUGUUUACAAGUUCACUGGUCUGACUGUACACUGUAUUUAAUAUUCUGUACGGCGUACUGGCGUUGCUCAACUGACUAUGACUCUACUUGUAGCUCUAUGCUGUUCGAAUUAUUUUGGCUUUACUUUCUAUUUCCUUGUUCUAGUCUGUGUGUGUGUGUGUGUGUGUGUGUGUGUGUGUGUAGUUAUCCGUAUUUGGUGUUAACACAUGUAUUAUCUUUUUCCUCACAUCAUGUCUAUCAAGAAAUGUAGUAUUAUUGAUGGAUGAGUUAAUUGAGAAAUCGUUCUCCACUGCCCUACAAUGUAGCUCUCUGACUCACCGUGAUUCCAGUUCAUGUCA